AUGACAGACUCUACCACCUCAAUAGAAACUUUAGCCGUAGAAGGUUUAUCAACUCUUAAUAGACUAUUAGAAACGUCCGGUGAAGUGUUUGCUUCUUUGUCAAAAUAUUCCACUUCAAAAGAUAAUACCGAGGAAGCCAUUCGACGUGAAGUUAUGGAGUGUCACAAAAAAUAUAAAGGUGUUUCUGGAGAAUUGAAGAGUUUGGUAGAGAAAAUUGAUGAUAUCCAGGAAGAGAAGCGCAAAGAGGCGAAGCUUAAAGAAAAUAAUAUGGACAUAUAUGAUCCUUCAUCAGAUCCAAUAAUUGUCGAAUUAAUAAAAACGCGUAGUUCUCUUCUUCAGGAAUCGGAUACUCAACGAACACAUCUUACGAAUCUACUGGAGCAAACAUACAAACUACAAUUCCUCAUACAAACAUUAUUGGCGAGUAGUGAACAAGAA